UUGUAGGAUGGACAACCGUUUCAAUCCCUAUGUAUGUGAUGGUGAAAACUCUCAGGCCUGUCCUGACACACAGCAGUGGGAGUUCCCAUUGUCGGCAGUGGAUGCGAUUGGCCGAACUACAAAUCCUCAGCACAUGGCACAUUCUGGAUUGAAUUUUGAAAUGCACCAAGGAGAAUUUGAUAUUCAUGAAACUGAUUCAGUGUUGGAGAUGCUUCCUCCCAAACCUAGUAAGUCAAUAAAAAAAGUGACCAAAAGGUUGUCUCAAAGAGGUAAAGCUUUCAGCAAAGAAGAAGAUAGGAUUAUAUGUUCUGCAUUUUUGAAUGUGAGCAAGGACCCUAUCACUGGAACAAACCAAUCUAGUGGAGGAUAUUACCAAAGGAUGCAUGACUACUUCGAUGAGCACCUUGGAGCACCUUCCAGUAGAAGUGUCAAAGCCGUCCAGCAUCGUUGGUUGACUAUACAAAAGGCGGUUAACAAAUUCUGUGGACAUUAUUCAACAGUUGAAAGGUUGAAUGAGAGCGGAAAAAAUGAGCAGAACAUGAUUGAUGAUGCAGCUAAAUUGUAUGAGGACACAGAGUCAUGGUCAUUUGAGCACUGCUGGAACAUACUGCGGCAUGAACCGAAGUGGAAUGAUAAAAUGAUAGAAAUCGAAGCCCUUGGUACUGGUACACGAGUGAAUCAACGUGUGCCUAUUGAUGCCGCUGCUGAACCGAUGCCAGGUGAAAAUGCAGACAAUACGGCACGCCCCGAAGGUAGAGACAAUGCAAAGAAGCGUAAGGCAAGGGCAUGUGCUCAAGACUCCCAGUCCUCGACUGCAAUUGAGGUACUCUCUGCUAUGAAUGCACGAGGGCAAUUGAGGGAUGAUAAAGAAGACACACAAAUGGCUCAAAUUCUUGAGAGGAAGGAUGCUAAGAUUCAGCUGCAGCAAAAUUUGAUUGCAAUGCAGCGAGAGGACAUGGAGAAGAGGUAUGAGAUUGAGAAGGAAAAAUUGGUACUGAAUAGGGAGGACCUUGAGUUGCGUAAAGAGAACACAAAGGUUGAGAUGUUGAAAGUCGAAGCUCAUUUCAUGGGUCAGGACCUUGAUAAGCUAGCACCACACUUGAGGGAAUACUACCUGACCAUCCAGCGUGAGAUUAUGGAGCGUCAUGGCAUUAGGUCUGCUCCUCCUGGUAGCACAUCUCAGUAGUCUUGCAGAGUCUAUUACUGAGAGUUUGUAUCAUGUUGUGUAAUACACCAUUAAGUAUGUUGUGCACUUGUUUUUCAUGAAUGGUCUGAACUUUACUACAUCAUGCUACCUAUUACAAAAGCUGCAUCGGUUUGUGUUGCAACAUUACUACAUCAUGCUACCUAUUAC